AUGACAAGAGCAAAAGAACCCGAAGCGCGUCAGGCCCCGGCAGCGGCCGCGCACAUCCCCGUUUCAAUUUCGCUCAUUUGCGACGACGACAUCGCGCAAAUAAGAUGCCGCGAUCGAAGAUGUGGCAAGCGAGGCUGCCUGGAAAAAGCGGCCGAUUUACACGUUUAUCUGCCGAUUGACGCCUUUCGCUUGCCGUGGGAGUUCUUCCAUUCGGUUAGGAUAAAUAGCGCGGCGCGGCUGAUUGGGAAGCAUCGUGCAAUUCAAUGCGACGUCGGAGGAUGGCAAAUCCGCCCCAGGUUCCUUCACGCCUACCGCUGGUGGUUCUCUCAAAUAUACUCCCUUCCGCAUUCCAACAACACGCACGUUCGGUGCAUCGAAGACCGAGUUGCCCGCAGAGAUGCUAAUUGGCCACAAGUUGUCAGCAUGACAAAAACUCAGAGGAAAGACUUUUUAGAGGCCUCCAGUGUUCUACAAUGGAUACUGACCUUUCUCUUCUUGGGGGUGACGUGUAUCAUCCUGAUGGUGGGUCUCAUGUUUACAUCACUGUGGCUGCUUCCCACUCUGUACUUCAUCUGGCUGGUGAUUGACUGGCAGACCCCUGAGAAAGGCGGCAGAAGAAAGCCAUCUGUGAGGAAGUGGAAAGUUUGGGAACACUACAGAGAUUAUUUUCCUAUCAAGCUGGUGAAGACCGCAGAGCUGAAUCCCAACAAAAACUACAUCCUCGGCUGUCACCCACACGGUAUCAUGAGCAUAGGAGCCUUUGCCUGCUUCAACAUAGAGUGCUGCGGCUUCUCGGAGGCUUUUCCUGGGAUGCACGUCUCCUUGGCCAUACUGGCCGGACUCUUCCGGAUCCCACUCUUCAGGGACUACCUCAUGGCCGCAGGCCUGUGUCCAGUCAGCAGGCCAAGCCUGGGCCACCUUCUGUCCAAGCAUGGCACAGGAAAUGCUGUGGUGAUUGUGAUAGGGGGCGCUGCAGAGUCUCUGGCCUCCCAUCCUGAGGUACAAACAGUGAUCGUGAAGCAGAGAAAAGGCUUUGUCAGACUAGCGCUGGAAUAUGGGGCUGACUUGGUGCCAGUUUACUCCUUCGGGGAAACAGAGCUCUUCCACCAGGUCACGUUCUCAGAGGGCUCAUUGGGUCGAAGGCUACAGGACCUGUUUAAAAAGGUCACGGGUUUUGCCCCUUGUCUGUUCAUUGGCGAUCGCUGGGCAGUGUUGCCCUACAGGACUCCCAUCACCACAGUGGUGGGACAUCCCAUCUCUGUGCCCCAGCGCGUCACACCCACCGAGGAGGAGGUCGACCACUAUCAUAAAUUGUACAUGGACGCCCUGUCCAAUUUAUUCCAUGAGCACAAGGUCAGCUGUGGACUAUCAGAGAGUCACAAGCUUUUUUUAAUGUAGAGGUUUUACCUCCACCUGACCUGCUUCAAUGGACUAACCAACCACGUGUGUGUGUUUAAACUGAAAUAAUGAUCAACCCUUUACAGUACCGCUGUGAAACAAACUACCUCAGGGACAUUUCUACUAGGAGUUGAUAACUUUCACCACCAUAAAUCAGCUGCUUUUGAAGACACUGGACGCAUUAUUUAGCCAUAUUCAACAAAUUGAUAUGGCUAAUAAGUAUUCAAAGGUGAAUACAGGCUGUCCAGUCUCAAUUUAAAUGUGAAAAUGGAUGAGUUUCAUACGACUAACCGUGCCCAAAGAAAUUUAUUUAAUGAGGGGGGGGGAAUGUAGUAUCUCAUUUUAUAAUUUCCAGU